AUGGCACGUCCCUUUUGUGUAGCAGCAGGGAGCACGACGCUCGACUUUCGCGGGCGGACGCUGGUCCUGCCGGUGAUCAGCGUCGGCUCUGUUCCCCAGCUUGCCAUGGAUCUGCUGAUCCACUCGCCGGACCUGCAGUGCCUGCGUGUCGCGAGCUUGGACGGCGCAGAGUGCGUGCCGUUCAUCGGGCCUGCCGAGGUCGGCACGCCCGGAGGCGGCGUGUGCACCGCGCUCGACGUAUACCAAGCGGCGAGCUCGGGUGUUGUAUUUGUGCAGCAGCGCAGUCCGGUGCUCAAGUCGCGCAAAGCGCCGUUUGUCGAGCGCCUCAUGGCAUGGAUCGAGGAGGCUGGCUUUGCCGAAGUGAUCGUCAUCGCCACGGUCGAUGCGGCGUUCCGCACGGAUGCCGAGUUUCUCACGCCGCAAGUCCAGCUGCGGCCACCAAAGGCAGUCGAGACCGCUGCCUCGAGGCUCGCCGAGGUGCCACGCCUCGGCGAUGCAGACACCCUGCCACCGGUACCGGGCGGCGGCAUGACACGCGCGUACCUCGAGGCGGGACCGCCGACGAUGCUCGCGCUCCUCCAGUUCUGCGCCGAGGGCGACAAUCGUGGAGACGCGUAUGCGCUGGCCGAGUCGGCCGCGCGCCUCUGCCGCGUUCCGCGCCCUGCGCUGCGGGAGCCGGAGAGCUGGAAGACGCUGUUUGGUGGCGCGCCGGAGCCGUCGCUCUAUGGAUAA